AUGCCCGGUGUUUCUGUUUUACCCCCUCCGACCCCAACUUUCUCUCAUCCGUCCGGUAGGUUCGCCCGACCUCACCCAUUGCCUGCGCCUCACGCUCCUUCCUCAGCGAUGCAAAAUGGAGUAUCCCACCACCGAGAUACCGUAGCAGACAUCAAGGCGAGCGCGAAGGAGACCGCACACGGUGUUCGCGGCGCGUCCGCCUCAGGCUUACUCACCGUUGCCCGGAGCCAGAUCAAGGUUGCCCGGGACCACGAGAAGGAAGGUGACCUCAAGGGUGCCCUGCGCUCUUACACGAAGGCGGCCUCACUUGCUCAAAUGCUUAUGGAGUCUUCGGAAUUCAAGGCAGAAUCUCAAACUGGGAAGAAGGGCGCAUUGUUCAAGGAGUUCUUGGACUUCCAACAGACGGACGGAAAGGACUUGUUCAACAAGAUCAAGGUUGUGGAGGGCAAGCUGGUGGAGCUGGACAAGUCUGCAGCUCAAUCUGCCCCAGUCGAGGAAGAGGUUGAUGGCGCUAUUGUAAAGACCGGCGGCGGAAGCAUCGCAGACCGCAUGCGCUCUUUACAGAGCGCUGGCUUGACCGUAUCGACGAAGAAGCGAGUGUCCCGCGAGAUCCCUACGUCGCCCGCUCUCACCGCGUUUUCUCCCCCGACCUCUCCAACCUCUCCGACCGCCCCCAGUCGUCCCAGCCUCUUGUCUCUACAAGCGCUCUCCCCUCCGACCGGCAUCCCGCUCUCCUUCUCCCAAUCCCUUGGCUCCCCCACCGCCUCCGUACCCUCGCCCCAUGCGCUGGUUCCUACAUCUAGUCUGGGCCCACCCUCCCCACCUUCUUCCACUUCAUCUUCUCCGCGAAUGCCAGUCACAAGUCUACAAGAGUUUGCGCAGACAUUCCCUUCUAUCGACGAAAUCGAGGAGAUGGACGCCUUGAAGCUGCCUUCGAACACUACUGGUACGAGCAGUUCGGGCUCACGCUCCAGCAAGCCUUCCCUCUCCGACCUCCGCGCAAACGGUGCGCCUCCCCUGAUACACCCCAAGCCCUUCCCCGCCCUCCCCAUGGAUAUGGGUCCUCGCCCGUCCAGCACCCCCAUUCCUCCCACCAUCGACGCCUUCCAGAGUCGACCAAGCUCACCUAUGCGCAUCCCGAUGUCCCCCACAGUCCCCCGUAAACCGUCGAAUCUCUCCCUGAACUCUGCUAGUUCGAGCUACCAGCGAUCGCCUAUCAUUGCCCCAAUGACCCCCACCUCCGAGAAGGCGGAGCUUCCGUUCAAGACGCUCUUCCCGAAGAUUCUGCACGAAUGGAAGCACAAGCCGAAGUUCCAAGUGUUGGUUAUUGACGUCAGGACACGAGAGGAGUUUGAGCGGGAGCACAUCAAGGCUGAGGCCGUGGUGUGCAUAGAGCCGUCAAUUCUGAUGCGUGAAAACGUGACCGCGCAAUCUAUCGAGGAUGCACUCAGCGUUGCUCCCCGUCACGAAUCGGGUUUGUUCACGAACCGCGACAAAUUCGACUUGGUGGCGAUGUACGACGACUCUUCCGAAUCCUUGGGCGAUAUGAACUCUCCUCUACACGCGCUGUCAAGAGCUAUAUACGAAACCGCCUUCCGCAAGUUCCUCAAGAAUGUGCCGAUGGUGCUCGUAGGCGGUUUGCAGGCGUGGAAGCGAGAGUAUGGAGACGCAGAGCUUGUUCGUGGGGGAUCCUCGUCACCGGGUCGACCAGGGCUUCUUUCGAACAUCAAUGGUGCGAGUUCCUCCACCAUCGACAGCGCCUCUGGUACCCCCAUCCUCGGCGAACCCAAGGGCUUGGGGUUGGGUCACAUCCGUGUCCCGGCCGAGUCGACAGUCUUCGCUCCCCAACCAUCAACAGCAUCUUCUGAGUAUAGUGGGUUCACUGGCGUCAGUAUGGGGCGUGCAAGAGCGGGGACGGAGCCUACAAUCAGCGUCGAUCCUCACGCCCAUCGACCAUGGAUUCCGAGUGGUGUACGCAGUCCCACCGACACUGGUUCACCUAAACUCGGCCUAGAUACCGUGGGCUCUCUUCCUUCACUGGACCAGUCAAAACGUGUCCAACGUCGUCCACCUGUGUCAAGAAGCGGUUCCAACUCGGUCUCUUAUCCUUAUACGCCUCCGAUUCCCGAAAACAUCACCAUGCAGCACGUUUCCUCCGCUGUGAACGGUGUUUCCCCGAUCCAGUAUCCCACCCUCUCCCGUCCCCUCUCCUCGCAAUUGUCAGGAUCGCCGUAUUCGACUUCGCAGUCCGGUGUUAAUGGCCUCUCCCCUCCCCCGAUUGCUUCAAUCAACCCCUCGCCGCUUACACGGAGACGAAGCGACUACAUAGAUCAGUCACAAGAAGCUAUCAAUGGUCUCUCGACGCGGCCACCUGAUUAUCACGAGAUCCGCUCUCAGCAGAUGCCACGCCUCCCACCACCCGUUGCAGCAUCUAACCCGGAUCGCCGUCUGAACGCUUUCGCUCAACCCAGGCCGCCGACCAUCCAGAGCAACUACCCGGUGACGUACUGGCCGGACAUUCAGAUCGGGACGAGCGGCCUGAAAAACCUGGGGAACACAUGCUACAUGAAUGCGACGAUCCAAUGUCUAAACGCCACGGUUCCCUUCUCGAGGUUCUUCUCGGACGGUAGCUGGAGGACGGCGCUGAACAUGAUCAACAAGAUGGGUACGGGAGGACAGCUCGCGACAGCUUAUGCGAACAUCUUGCGGGAUAUGUGGCAGGGCGAGGGAGGGACUCUAUCGCCCGUUACCUUCAGGAAAUCCAUAUGCAACUAUGCGACACAGUUCAACGGCACCGAGCAGCACGACUCGCAAGAGUUCCUCAGCUUCCUCCUCGACGGCCUCCACGAAGACCUGAACCGCGUCAUCUCCAAGCCCAACUAUCAGAGCACCCCCGAGCGCGAGGCAGAGCUCGAGAAGCUGCCAACACAGGUCGCGAGCGAGCAGGAGUGGCAGCUGUAUCGCAUGCGCGACGACUCGCUCGUCGUGGACUUCUUCCAAGGCCAAUACCGGAAUCGCAUGGAGUGCCUGACCUGCCAUAAGACGUCGACGACGUACAACACGUUCAUGUAUCUCACGCUCCCGGUCCCCUCGGGCCGUGUGACGAAGACGACGUUGGACGAGUGCAUCAAGGCGUUCGUGAAGGAGGAGGUCAUGGAGAAGUCGGAUGCAUGGCACUGCCCACACUGCAAGACGCUCCGCAAGGCGACCAAACGUCUCUGCCUUUCCCGCCUACCCCCCGUACUUCUCAUCCACCUCAAACGGUUCUCUGUGAAGGGUCCGUUCACCGACAAGGUCGAGACGUUCGUCGAGUUCCCACUGCGAGGUCUCGACCUCACCAACUACAUGCCCCCACCCCUUCCUCCGGGUGCCACUGGUGCGCCCUCAUUGCCGCAAGACGACCCUAGAUGUCAGCUUCCCCCAUAUCGGUACGACUUAUAUGGGGUUACGAACCACUUCGGGACGUUGAGUGGUGGCCAUUACACGGCGUUUAUUGCUUCGAGAGGAGGAUGGCUGUACUGCGACGACAGCCGUGUAUCACCAGCAGACGCUAAAGAUGUGGUAGGAAAGCCCGCGUAUAUCUUGUUUUAUAAGAGGACCAAAGCGUAA